AUGAACAGACGGCUUUCAACAAUCAUGUUGCUUGCAGCCGCCGUUUUUAUCGUCUCGCGAAUAUCGGCUGUCUCGGCACAAUCGUACGACCCUUGUGCGGAUAGUACCACUUGUGGCAACGGCACGUGUAGCUGGGACGGUAUGUUCACGUGGACGUGCUCGUGCUAUAGCGGGUAUGAGCCCGUCAGCGCCUCCUUCAACUUGACUGCUGGGAUAACCAUCUCCGGGCAGUCGUGUGUAUCUUCAAGCUCCCCAUCCUACUCCUCCCCAUCCUACUCCUCCCCAUCCUACGGCUCCCCCUCUUACUCCUCCCCCGAUUACUCCUCCCCUUCCUACUCCUCCCCCUCCUACUACUCCUCCCCCGCCCCUCCUUCCACCAACACAACCUCCUCCUCCUCUUCCAAGGGCCUCUCAACGGGAGCAAUCAUAGGCAUAGUGGUGGGAGUGAUUCUGCUGCUGCUGCUGCUUGGGGGAGUCGGUCUAUUCCUCUGGUUCAGGCACAAGAACAAGGCCAGUGGUGGGGCCAAUAAGCCUGGCCAGGCGUAUGGUGGCGCUGUGAGUGGAACUGCGGCAGUAGGGGCUGACUUAGAGGCGAAUAAGGGGUAUGCGAAUCCGUACUAUGCGGGAGGAGCGGGAGGGGCAGGGGCGGCAGCGUAUGGGGCGGCAGCAGCAAGGGGGGCGUACGGGGCAGCAGCACCAGGGGGGGCGUAUGGGUCAGCAGCACCAGGGGGGGCGUAUGGGGCAGCAGCACCAGGGGGGGCGUAUGGGUCAGCAGGGGCAGGGCCUCAGGCGGGGAUGGGGUCUGGUUCCGGGUCUGGGAACGUCAUUCACCCCAUGUACAUGGGAACGAUGGCAACAAAGCAUCAUCCCAACCUGGUCCGCCUACUGGGCUACUGCAUCGACAUGAACCCAGCAGCGCAGGGCAGGGGCGAUUUGAGCAUGGAGCAGAUAGUGGUGUACGAAUUCAUGGCUCGUGGGGACCUGGAGCGCUGGGUGGGGGAGGGGGCGCCACAGCCGCUGCCGGUGGCGCAGCGGCUCUCGGUGCUCAUCGGGGCGGCCCAUGGCAUCGAGUAUCUGCACAGCUUUGGCAUCGUGCACCGGGACAUCAAGCCUGCAAAUAUCCUUCUAGACGACAAGUUUGAGGUGAGCUUGGCUGAUCUGCAUAGUGCCUUUCCCUCACCUGUCUGUCUCUCUGACAUUCCCCGGUGUCUACUGAGGCAAUACGAGGGCACGGCGGUGGGAGACACUCGCAUCAUGGGCAUGCCCUUGCCCUUCCCCUUUGUUCCUCUCAUUCGCCUCACAUCCCCUUUCGCUGACACCUUCCACCCUUAUCCCCACCAGGCGAAAGUAGCAGACUUUGGGUUGCUGAGGCAGAACGAGGGCACAACGGUGGGAGACACUCGCAUCAUGGGCACACCCGGUUAUGUGGACCCUGCUUACUUCAAGUCCAACAAGGCCACCCCCAUGGCCGAUGUGUACAGGUACGGAGUGGUGCAGGGGUAUAGUGAGCGGUGCAGUGCGGUGCAAGCCGGUGCUGUGUUGUCAGGGGGUGCAUGGGAUGGGAGUGAUGGGCACAUCGGGCUAUGUGGACGCCGCACUCCAAUGGCCGAUGUGUACAGCUUUGGCAUCCUCAUUCUGACCACGAUGUCGGGCCGCAAUGCACUUGCGACGGAUGAGAACGGCAACAGCUUCAACGUCAAGAAAUGGGCCGAGUCAUUAGUUGCGGCCGGCAAAGCGGAGGAAUUGAAAGAUCCGCGAUUGGAUGCUCCCGCGGAUUUGAUUCUGCGGCUGGCGCAGCUGGCGCUGCGUUGCACGGCUAUGCCGACCGUGACUCGUCCUGACAUGAUCCAGGUGGUAUCUGAGCUCACGGCGCUCAGGAAGGAAUUUCUGGGGAAGGUGUCAUCUAGGAUGGCUGAGAGGAUUGACGAGGAGGUGGAGUCCCAAAGAGUUGGGAAUUUUGAUGCGGAAAUAGAGAUGAUCGAAAAGCUGGCGUUUCAGGAUAGCACGAGUGCAAUGAGCAUUAGCUAA